UUUAUAUUUCUUUUAGAUAUUUAAACAUGAGAGUGGUGUUUCUUUGGGCAUGGAUGAUCACUAUUGGAAUAGGCAUGUUCCAGAUGGGAUACUGAAACGUGAUGUUUUCUUCCUUCCUGGACAUAUUGCAGCCUCAGCUGGGAAAGUAUGGCAGAGAUAUCAUCCAUGAUGAUAACGAUUUUAAUGCUAUUAUGACCACUGCUGUCCCAGCUGGGGCUGCUGUCGGAGCGUUCACAGGUGGAUUCCUAGCUGCAAUGGGAAGACGUAGAGCUAUAUUCUUGGUAAAUGCCAUCUUAUGCCUAGGCACGGGGAUAUCAAUGAUAUUCCAUUUCUUUUCUAUUUUAGCAGGAAGGCUAAUUGUGGGGUAUAGUGUAGGAGCUCUAACAGUUCUGACUCCAAUGUUUAUCUCAGAAACUUCUCCAGUGAAACUUUUAGGCCCUCUUGGAACUUUGAAUCAGGUUAUGGCUACUAUAGGAAUUAUGGUUGGAUAUUUCUUAGGUUUUCUUGCUCCCUUAUCUUUAAAAUCAGAUGAUAGUGAGAAUUUUGCUAUUUAUUCAACUAAUUCAUGGAGAUAUGUCUUCAUGGUGCCCGCCAUCGUUGCUAUUUUCCAAUGAAUUCUUCUCCUAUUCAUCUUCAAGUACGAUACUCCAAAGUAUUACAGGCAGGUUGGAAAUGAAGAAUUGGCACUAAAGUCUGAACAACUGAUUGAUCCAGAUCUUGAUGGAAAAGCUAGAAGUCUCCAACCCGUUCAGGAGAGUACUCAUAAAGUGAAAAUAUCCCAGCAUUGCAGUCCAAAAUAUAGAUGGGCUCUAAUGGUCGGGUGUCUUCUUGCUUUCUUCCAACAACUCACAGGGAUAAAUGUAGUUAUCCUUUACUCAAAUAAAGUUUUUACAUCUGGAUCUAACGAAGAAAAUCACAAUGACCUUAUCCGGGCUAGAACCGGAACUGUGAUAGUUGGAGUGGUGAAUUGGGCUGCAACAAUGGUAGCUAUCCCACUUUUGUUCAAGAUAGGUAGAAAGGCACUCAUGCUCGUUGGACAUACAGGGAUGUCUCUAGCAUUAAUCGCUCUUGGUGUCCUUGCUAUAUUUGAAAUCGAUAUUGCAAUAAUAGCUUUCACCAUGGUCUUUAUCGCUUUCUUUGAGGUUGGUGUUGGAUCAGUGGUGUUCCUAUACCUUGCUGAGAUCAUGACUGAGUUCGGUAUAUCAAUGGCUCUAGCAGUGGUUUGGAGCCUCACAAUCCUAGUCUCUCUUAUAACUCCUAGAAUGAUAGAGCAAUUACAUCAAGAUGGCUUAUACUUCAUGUUCGCAGGAAUCAACGUCAUCGGUUGGUUCUUCAUUCUAUUCUGCAUCAAAGAAACUAAGGGUAAAUCUAAAAUUGAGCUGAAAGGAUUAUACUCAAAACAAAAUAAUAACUUCGAAGAUGUAGAAGUGAAUAUUAGUGAUGAAGUCACUGCAUAGGAAUUGCUAGUUCUGAUCGUUUCAGACUUGGUUAGAUUUAAAUAGACUUGUAUUAAAAAUUUGGAUA